AUGGAUAGCAUACUGAAAAUUGUAUGUCAAGUUGGUUGCUAUGGAAUUCUUGUUGAUGACAUGACUGAUAUUUCAGUUGUUGAACAGAUGAUUUCAUUUAUACAAUUAUUCAACCCAAUCAAGGGAUCAGUGGAGACGGCAUUCCUUUUCAUUAAGAAUGUACUCUCGGAAUCUGACUCAGCUGAUGCCAAGACACUAUGUGCUUGCCUUUGUAAUAAGUUAGAAGAAUUAAAUCUUGAUGUGAAAAAAAUGAAAGGUAUGGUUUCUGAUGGAGCGAGUAUGAUGUUGGGCAAGAAAAAUGGAUUAGCUGCAAAACUGAAGGCUAUUAAUUCUCAUAUAGUGUUUGUUCAUUGUGUGUGCCAUCGUUUGGCACUCGCAUGCACUGAUACUAUUGUAAGUCUGAAAUAUAUUCAAGAGGUUGAAUUGAUAGUCACCCAGUUAUGGAAGAUGUUUGAAAAUUCACCAAAGAAGAUGGCUCAGUUUCUAAAGACACAAGAAGAAUUACAUGCCAUAAAAUUAUCUAGUGUAGAGUCACGCUCCACAAUAAAAAAAAACUAA